AUGACAACUUCUUCAAGUUCCACUACGAGUGCUUCGACAACAACAACUACGACGACGUCAACAUCAACUACUACUACUAUGACAACUACCUCAACAAUUACCACAACUACAUCAACGGCAACAACAACUACUACUACAACUGCAACAACUACGUCGAUUUCGACGUCAACGACUACUACAACUACCGCUACAACAGCUACAACAACUACAUCAUCUUCAACGUCAACAACUACUACUACUGAAACAACAAUGACAACCACGACCAUGUCUACAUCCACUUCAACGUCAGCAAGCACUACUACAUCCACGACGACUACUACUGAAAAAGAUGCAUGUUCUCAUUAUCUUUGGAAUCAAACAGGCGUUGUAGUUGCAGGCACAGGCAUAAAAGGUCCAGCUUCUAAUCAAUUCGAUACUUCUGAGUGUUUGGUUAUCGAUGCAAACAAAACACUUUAUGUAUGUGAUCAUCAUAAUAACCGAAUCCAGAAAUGGCUUUCGAGUGCAACAAAUGGGAGCACAGUAGCUGGUGCCAGCGCGGCCACUGGUGCGAGCGCUAUUGGUGAUCCUGAAUAUCUAGCUAUGGACAAAGAUGGAUAUUUGUAUGUUACUGGGCAUGUAUACGAUACCGUUUUACGAAUUUCUCCCAUUUCAUUCGUUGCUACAGUAGUUGCUGGGACUACUAGUUCAGGAACAGGAAAUAAUCAGCUUGAUACACCAACUGAUAUGGUUCUCGAUGAUAAUUUAAAUCUUUACGUUGUUGAUUCAAAUAACAAACGAGUAAUGAAGUGGAUCCCGAAUUCGACAACAGGAAUCGUUGUCAUUAAAUUAAUUGAAUAUCAAACAAAAAUUUGUAUCUAUUUACAUUCAAUUCCAUCUAGAAAAUUUUUAACAUUUUGUUUUCAAUUAAAUCAAUUAAUAACAACACGUCAAAACUAUCCUUUAUCAAUUAUAGCUCAUGAUCAGUACAAACUUGAUGUGAUGUUAGAAGAUGAUUUAUUUAAAGCAACAUUUUCUAAAUUAAAAUCAUUAACAUUAUCAAACAUAGAGACUGAAACUAUAUAUUCUAUUAUAUUUGUUAAAACAGCAGAAUUAUAUCAAAGAUUAGAACGAUUAAAUUUACUAGUUAAAAUCAAGGGAGAAUUUGGCAAAUACGAUGACAUAGAACGCUUAUGUAGUAGUUUGAUAUCAUCAAAAAUGAAAUUAUUAAAAUAUUUUAUGUUAAAUUUUGAACGAUCUUGGAGUGUAUGUGAAUGUAAUUUGUACAUGCGUUCAAAUUACCUUGAUUUAGAAUUUACUGAAUUAGUAGAAGGAGAAAAAUCAUUUAGUCAUUUAGAAACAAUUAUUAUUGGCAGUAUGUCUGAUGAUUGUUAUCUUUCAGAAACAACAAUAUGCUUUCAUAUAUUGAUAGAACAUUUAUUACCAUGUCUACCAAAAUUAAAAAAUUUAAUUAUAGAUUCAAUUCAUUUUGAAACGUUCUAUGAUCGACAAAAAUAUCAAGUAUGCGAAAAGCAUUCUUAG